AUGCCAAUACUUUCCAACUUUGUUUUGACUCCUUUUUUAUAUUUCCUCAACAGUUCUCGUGAUGCAUUUCUUUCUCCUCUUUCACUUAUAUUCCUUUUUUCUUUCUUUUUUCUUUCUUUCUGUCUAUUCUUUCUUCCUUUAAUUAUUUUUCUUUUUCCUUAUGACAUUGUUUUCCGACGAUGUUUUGACAUCUCUUUUUUAUAUUCCUUCAACAGUUCUCCAGAUUCAUUUCUGUCUCCUCUUUUAUCUUUCCUUCUUUCUUUAAUUUCUUUCUUUCUUUUUCUUUCAUUUUAUUCUUUCAUUCUUCAAAUUUUUCCUUAUGUCAUUUUUUCCGACUUCCUUUUUGACUUCAUUUAUUUAUCUUUCAUCAGCACUUCUCCAGAUUCAUUUCUGUCUCCUCUUUCAUCUUUUCUUCUUUCUUUCCUUCUUUCUUUCUUUCUUUCUUUCUUUCUUUCUUUCUUCCUUUUUUCUUCCAAUUUAAACUUUCUUUCCUCUCUCUACGUUUUUUUUUUCAUAAUUAAAACUGCCAUGAUAUUUUCUUUCCUCUGUUCAUCUCUCUUACACGCAGAAGCAACGAAUGGAUUUUGUAACAAGGACGAACCUUUAAUUGAAUCUUAUUAA